ACAGUAGUUAAUGUGUCGCAUGUAAGGCCCAAAACUGAAACAGCUGUGCCUCACACUUUCAGCACUUUGAACUGUGCCUUGGAUCAUUGUUUUUUACAGGCCCAUUCGAUCUUUGAUCGGUAACAAGUGAAUACAUGGAUCGUGGGAUAACUGUUCGAUAGCAAAAAUCGACUCAUACUCGCCAAGGAAGUAAAUGCUAUUAUCUAUUCACUUAUGAUCCAAGUACCUAACAAGACCGCAAACGCAGUUUUUUAGUUUCGGAUCGAGUGGGUCACAGCAACUGUUGGUGACAGUCAGGAUCCUGGACAGUCUUGAUGAUAUCAUUUCAUUCGUGAUCUCACACUAACAGGGCCAUUCCUUUUAAAACUAGAGCGAUUGUCCCUGAAUUAUCAGCGUAUUAUUGACCGGGAAACCCGCUAAUGGCCAGAAGAGCUGGGAAACCAAGGCUGGUCGUGAAGAUUUCUAUCCUGAUUGUUUUGCUUCAGACUGGAUUUGUUUUGAUUUUACGAUCGUCAGAGAGCUCGUUGAGGAUAAGUGACUCAGUUAAAACCAUUGGAGAAGGUCACCGUAAAAUAAAAGUGGACAAAAAUUUAGCUGCUACAGGUGAUCGUAAUGUGUCUAAAAAGAUAUUACGUCUGUGUGAUAUAGACGUAAGUCGGUCUGUUGGAAACACUGGAGUUACGAAGAAUUUUACUAUAAGCCUCCAAGAAGUCUCUCAGAAGCUGCAAGGCAUCGGUCCAGGUGGAAAAUGGAACCCACGUAACUGCCUCGCGAGAAAUAGCGUCACCAUAGUAGUGCCAUUCAGGGAUAGAUGGGGCCACCUGGCGGUGUUUUUAAAUUUUAUGCAUCCUUUUCUACAGAGGCAACUUUUAAAGUAUAGGAUUUUAGUUGUUGAACAGAUUGGAAUUGGAGUGUACAACAAGGCGAUGUUAAUGAACGCAGCCUUUUUAGAAACAAGACAGCAUUUCCCCACGGAUUGUAUUAUAUUCCACGACGUAGAUCUCAUUCCGGAACUUAACAACAAUUCCUACGCAUGCGCCAAAGGGCCAAGACACUUGGCACCAGCUGUGGAUGAAUUAGGCUACCAUCUUCUUUACGGUCGCUUAGUGGGCGGUGUGUUGAUGUUUACUCCCCAGGACUUCCAGGCUGUCAAUGGUUAUUCCAACGCUUACUGGGGCUGGGGAGCAGAAGAUGAUGAUAUGGGUUAUAGAAUAAAAAAGGCCGGUUUAACGCUUUCCCGCCCAUCUCUCAACACUGGCCGUUAUACUAUGUUAGUGCAUAAACAUCGCAGGAAAAACACGAGAAGAUUUGAAAUCCUUGAUAAAGGCAUGCAGCGACAACCCUGGGACGGUCUGAGUAACGUUAACUACUCAGUGCUUGGGAUAAGAUUAAAGCCCCUGUUCACGCACAUGUUGAUAGACAUAGGGAAAACGCCUGACACGUACUGAGACCAAGCAUGCGUUCAUCCAGAGAUGCAACAAUGAAUGUCACUGAGAGACCAUUAAAGGAUUACGCGGUCUCCCUUUCAUGUAGGUCCCCCAUAUUUAGGUCUCUUGCUUUACUCCUAAAAAGCGACAGACAGAGGCUGUGUAACAGGUAUAGUGGUCUGCUAGGAAUCACAGUCCGUUGCUUUUUGACUUUGGAUAACGUCGUCAUCAUGUACGAUGCAAAGUGCUAUGUGAAAGUGUCAAUGUUUUUGAGAGACGUCGAAAAGAUGAACAUAGUUUUAUAGCGUGGGACAAACGUUUAUUCUGAUGAAGAAUUCACAUCGGGUUUCUGUUUUCAAAAGAAUUUUUGAAUUACGUUUUUUUUUGUGUGUAUACAGGUAUCUUCUAAAGAUAUAUGCCUGUAAUGUUUUUUUAAUUGCGAAGAAGCUAUUCAGAAUAUUUGGCGCCGAUUUUUUUUUGUAUGACGCUUAUAUUGAUAUAAUAAACAAACACAGAAUGAG